UUUUCUCAGCUGUCUCUAGAGCACUUCGACGUCAGGGUACAAACUUCACGGGUUGCUUUGCUGUUCACCUCUCUUCACUAUUUAGUGUCAGUCAACUUUCCAUCAACUGUCAAAGUUCAACAAACUAUUCGAAGAAGUGUUGUGAAAUUUUUAAGGAAAUUAAUAGCUCAAUUUUACACUGUACGAUAGCGAACGACCUUGAGUGUUUAUGUAAUAAGCGAAUUAAGCGAUAAGGAAGUGGCCAGUUUCCGCGUUGAUAUUUACUGCUCAGGAAUUUUAGCAAAAUGUCCAAUCUCAGUGCAAUAUUUCGUCAAAUACUGCUGGUGAGCCCGCGUCGUGCUCCGAUUACGGCGCUAUCGUCGCGCCACAUUCACAACAAUCAGCCAGAAGCAGCCGCAGCAGCAGCAACACUUGAGGUUGAAGAGGUGCGAAUUCCGGUGCCGUACGGGGAGAUUGCCGGCAAGUGGUGGGGUCCGAAGGAUGUGCGUCCGAUCGUGGCCCUGCACGGGUGGCAGGAUAACGCGGGAACGUUCGAUACGUUGAUUCCGAUGCUUCCGCAGCACAUGAGCUUCCUGGCGUUGGAUCUGCCUGGACACGGAUUGUCCUCGCGGAUUCCCGAUGGAAUGACGUAUCACACGCUUGAUAGUAUAUAUCUGCUGAAGCGGAUCAUGAAGCAGUACCGGUGGAACCAAAUCUCGCUGCUCGGGCAUUCGAUGGGGUCGAUCGUUUGUAUGGUCUUUUCGGCGAUCUUCCGGGAUAAGGUCGAUUUGUACGUGGGGAUUGAUGCGUUGAAGCCUCACAUCGCGGAUCCGGGAAAGUUGGCGCCACGGUUGGAGAAGCGAAUACCGCAGAUGCUGCUGGCGGAUAUCCGGAACCAGGAAAAGUCGGAACCGCCGAGCUACACGUUCCAGGAGCUCGUGGAACGGUUGCAUUUAGGAACGAACAAGUCAAUCUCGAAGGAGGUCGCGCCGUAUCUGCUCACGCGUAACAUUGCCGAGUCGAAGAUGUACCCGGGCAAGUACUACUUCACCCGGGACAGCCGGCUCAAGUAUAGCGUGGGAACGGGCUGGGACCAGCAGGUUUGUCUGGAGAUGGGCAAACGGAUGACAAUGCCGUACAUGUUCAUCAAGGCGAAAAACUCGCCGUACUACGAAGACAAGAAGUACUUUGAAGAGUACGUGGCGUUGGUCAAGCAGGUGAAUCCGCUGUUUGAGCUGGAGUUUGUCGACAGUACGCACCAUCUGCACCUGACGGAGCCGGCCAAGGUCGCGCCGCUGAUUACGGCGUUCCUGUGCAAACACUGGAAGAAGGACGCUUGCAGUGGAGCGAGGCGCUAUCUGGUAGACCCGGAAGAAGUUCGAAUCCCCGUUCCGUUUGGAGAAAUCGCUGGAAAAUGGUGGGGCCCGCGAGACGUGCGACCCGUUCUCGCGAUCCACGGUUGGCUGGACAACGCCGGAACCUUCGACACGCUCAUUCCGCUACUCCCACAGCACGCUAGCUUCCUGGCUAUUGACCUGCCCGGUCACGGACUGUCCUCGCGAAUUCCCGCAGGCCUCAGCUACCAAAGCAUGGACCACGUAUAUCUAAUCAAGCGCAUUGUGAAGCACUACGGCUGGGAUCGUGUCUCCCUGCUCGGUCACUCGAUGGGCUCGAUCGUCAGCAUGGUCUACGCAGCCACCUUCCCGAACCAGGUCGAUCUGUACAUUGGCCUCGAUUGUCUCAAGUCCCACAUAACGGAACCCGCCGAAAUCGUACGCCGACUAGAAGACCGAAUCCCAAAAGGCUUGCUCGCCGACGAACGGAACCGCGAUCCAGCCGAACCUCCCAGCUACACCUACGAAGAACUGGUGGAACGACUCCAUUUAGGAUCAAACAAGUCCGUGUCAAAGGAGGUCGCGCCGUACCUGCUCAACCGGAACAUUGCCGAAUCUACAACACAUCCGGGAAGGUUCUUCUUCACCCGGGACAGUCGUCUCAAGUUUAUGCACAGCGUCAGCGUCGGAUGGAGUCAGGAAAUGUGUCUGGCGAUGGCGAAGCGGAUGGCCACGAUGCCGUACCUGUUCAUCAAGGCGACUGAUUCGCCGUACUACGAGGAUAAGAAGUACUUUGAUCAAUUUGUUGACGUGGUGCGGGGGGUGAAUCCGUUGUUCCGGCUGGAGUACGUCGAGGGUGGGCACCACGUGCACCUGUCGGAAGUGAACAAGGUGGCGCCGAUUGUGUCGUCGUUUUUGGAGCAGUACUGGAGGAGGGGUAGUCAGAGGGUGGCGAACUAAGGCUUGAAAAUUGACAAAUAAAACAUUACCUUGAAAAUUAGUAAUAAAAA